AUGAGUAAAGUAUAUGAUUGGUUUGAGGAACGUCUUGAGAUUCAGGCGAUUGCAGAUGAUAUAACUAGUAAAUAUGUUCCUCCUCAUGUCAACAUAUUUUAUUGUUUAGGGGGGAUCACACUUACUUGUUUUCUAGUACAAGUAGCUACGGGUUUUGCUAUGACUUUUUACUAUCGUCCAACCGUUACAGAGGCUUUUUACUCUGUUCAAUACAUAAUGACUGAGGCCAACUUUGGUUGGUUAAUCCGAUCAGUUCAUCGGUGGUCAGCAAGUAUGAUGGUUCUCAUGAUGAUCCUGCACGUAUUUCGUGUGUAUCUCACAGGUGGAUUUAAAAAACCUCGCGAAUUAACUUGGGUUACAGGUGUGGUUUUGGCUGUAUUGACUGCAUCUUUUGGUGUAACUGGUUAUUCCUUACCUCGGGACCAAAUUGGUUAUUGGGCAGUAAAAAUCGUGACAGGCGUACCCGAAGCUAUUCCUGUAAUAGGAUCGCCUUUAGUAGAGUUAUUACGUGGAAGUGCUAGUGUGGGCCAAUCCACUUUGACUCGUUUUUAUAGCUUACACACUUUUGUAUUGCCUCUCCUUACUGCCGUAUUUAUGUUAAUGCACUUUCCAAUGAUACGUAAGCAAGGUAUUUCCGGUCCUUUAUAG